AGUCUUACAGAAUGUUUCAUACAAUGCCUGAUACUUGACUAUGUCUUCGAACCCCGCACCUAUUAUUGCACAAGAACCCACUAAAGGAUCUGGUGGCUCGCCGGACGGAGCCGAAACUCCGCCUGAACUUCGCAGCGCUGACAUGCUGCCCAAAGUCGAGACGGAAUCACUGGGACUCGCUCGAUCGCAUGGGGAACAGGGGCUCAUGCCAGGAAACAUGCAAGCCCCCCAGUUUAAAAUGAUGGACUACUCCUAUGACGAAGACUUGGACGAGAUGUGCCCAGUUUGCGGAGACAAGGUGUCCGGGUACCACUACGGCCUGUUGACGUGUGAGAGCUGCAAGGGUUUCUUCAAGCGAACAGUUCAGAACAAUAAGAGGUACACAUGCAUAGAGAACCAGAGCUGUCAGAUCGACAAGACACAGAGGAAGCGGUGCCCUUACUGCCGCUUCCAGAAGUGCCUCAGUGUUGGCAUGAAGCUGGAAGCCGUAAGGGCAGACCGCAUGCGAGGGGGACGGAACAAGUUCGGCCCAAUGUACAAGCGGGACCGGGCCCUGAAGCAGCAGAAGAAGGCGCUGAUUCGAGCAAAUGGGCUGAAAAUCGAAGCCAUGACUCAGGUGAUGCAGACUGUGCCAACGGACCUGACCAUAUCUUCGGCCAUCCAGAACAUCCACUCUGCCUCCAAGGGCCUACCUCUAAGCCAUGCUGCCUUGCCCCCCACAGACUAUGACCGCAGCCCCUUCGUCACCUCCCCCAUCAGCAUGGCUAUGCCUCCCCACGGCAGCCUUCAGGGCUACCAGGCUUACAGCCACUUCCAGAGCCGCACCAUCAAGUCCGAGUACCCUGACCCAUACACCAGCUCCCCUGAGUCCCUCAUGGGCUACCCCUACAUGGACACCUACCAGAGUAGCUCCCCACCCAGCUUUCCCCACCUUAUCGUGGAGCUCCUGAAGUGUGAACCAGAUGAGCCCCAGGUUCAGGCCAAGAUCUUGGCCUACCUGCAGCAGGAGCAGGCCAGCCGUGGCAAGCACGAGAAACUCAAUACCUUUGGGCUCAUGUGUAAGAUGGCAGACCAGACCCUGUUUUCCAUCGUUGAGUGGGCGAGGAGCAGCAUCUUCUUCAGAGAGCUUAAGGUUGACGACCAAAUGAAGCUGCUGCAGAACUGCUGGAGCGAGCUCUUAAUCCUCGACCACAUUUUCCGACAAGUGGUACACGCCAAAGAUGGCUCCAUCCUCCUGGUUACCGGUCAACAAGUGGACUACGCUGUGAUCGCCUCCCAGGCUGGAGCCACUCUGAACAACCUCAUGAGCCAUGCUCAGGACCUGGUGGGGAAGCUUCGCUCGCUGCAGUUUGACCAGAGAGAGUUUGUCUGCCUCAAGUUCCUGGUGCUCUUUAGCCUGGAUGUGAAGAACCUGGAGAACUUCCACCUGGUGGAGAGCGUCCAGGAGCAGGUGAACACGGCGCUGCUGGACUACACCAUGUGCAACUACCCGCAGCAGACGGACAAGUUCGGCCAGCUGCUGCUGCGACUGCCCGAGAUCCGAGCCAUCAGCAUGCAGGCGGAGGAGUACCUCUACUACAAGCACCUGAAUGGGGACGUUCCCUGUAACAACCUGCUCAUCGAGAUGCUGCACGCCAAGCGCGCCUGAAUGCUGGACUUGCCGCCCCCUCUUGCCCAGUCACCCGGCCCGGGCUCCAGUAUCAGCCUUUGGCCCCGACUGCCCUUUCCAACCAUAGCCCAAUACACGUCACGUCACCACCUGCAAGAAACUUGGCCUCAGGCCUGGACUCUUUACUGAGAUGUUGCAGACGUUGGCUUCUGGAUUGAUGGCAGAGAUAAGAAAGCGAUUGCUAACUUGAAACUUACUUGGAACUUGUCUCUCUCCCCCCCCCCCCAAAAAAAGUGAUGUAACAGGAUGGGUGGGUAUACAAACAGAGGGAAGUGUGCACUUAGCGAGGACAUAUAUUGCAAGGUAAGAGACGGCCCUUCCACUUCUAGCUAACACACUGAAAACAGCACCUGGACUUAUGACAUAGGCUUCAUAUUGAUUAGACCAUGAUUCCCAGCGCUGGUACGUAAAGAAUCCAGAACAGUCUCCAAAAGAUGGAACACAUAAGAGGAGGAGGUUCUCUCUCACCACCUCGUCUUAAAUGCGUAAGAGCACAAUGAAACAACUGGGACCCAGAGGAACACCAUGACUGGCUACAUCAAGUGGAUACGAUGUCAUACCUCUAUUUGCACCCCAAGAAAAACUUCUAAUCAAACAAGCAACAAAUACUAAAUGAAUCUGUUUUUAAAAGGGCAGUGACUCCUCCUUUUCAUCCUUCCAUUAUCAUCCGACGAAUCUCACGUCAAAACUAUGUACAUGAUUCAAUUUAUUUCUCAUUUUUGGUUGCUGUCGAUAGAUUAACAUUCUGGGUAUGGUCAUGUGACCUACUCAAUAAAGAGAAAAUGUUUCGAUCAACUAGCAUAAGCACGAUGUAGUUGUUUCCCCAGAGAUAUGUCCAGUAAUAAAAUCACGAAAUUGAAGAGUUAAAUCCCAUAGCAUAAAACAGAGCACAAUUUCUGCCUCUGUCAAUACAAGACCAAAGCCUUCAUCAGAACGGUGCGGUGCAAAGAGAUAUAAGUAUUAUCAGUAUUAUAAAUUUGUGAUGUCACAGUUAUGUGAGUCUUGCCUUAUUUCAUUACCUUGCUAGCUAACUGUGCAGAUGUGAAUUAAAAUAUGUAAAAAAGUAUAUAUAUAUAAAGUGUUAAUGUUGUAAAUUUAAAAAUACAAGAGGUGUUUACAUUUAUUAGGUCCCGUGGGAGAGAACUGUGAUGAAUUGCAAAGCAAUGAUUUCCUAAAAAAAAAUUCCUCUGCUUUAUUUAGUCUGUACAGUUUUUUUUUUUAACCAGUGCUUAAUUAUGUCGUGAGACAUUAAAAUCAAAGGAAUCUCACUUUUAUUUGAAUUCUAAGCUUUUUCUCUUAGCCAACAGUUCAGUUGUGUUUAGGUUUUUAUUUGGGUUUCUGCCACUUAUAAUUGUAGAACUACUUGUUCUAUAUUCUACUGUAUAUCACUGGUUCAGAUAAAGAAGAAAUAAUUUAUUGCUUCUUGCUUUUAACUUCUCACACGCCAUAAGCAAGGAGUCGUGUCAUAAUCGGAUAUAUGGUUUACUGUAGCAUGUUCAGAAAUAUUGUUGAAAUGCAGUUCAGGGAGACAAUGAUCUUAAGAAUGCUGACAGUUAUUUUGAUUAAAUGUUUAUGGAAAUUAAAGGGAACUGAGUAUUGCAUUUGGGCUCACACAUGUGACCGAUGGCUCUGUCCCUUUUCUACACUGAAUUCAUAAAGGUUCAGUUUUCUCAUUCUAUAUGUAAAAUCCACAUUUUUGUUCUCAACUAAAGACUACAAAGAUUACAUCUGUAGUGUCGCUUAAUAGUUAUAAUGGAAGAAAGACAUCUCAAGACAGUCACAAUUCCAUUUAAAGCAUUGAUAAUUGGAUCCGCAUUCCUGACAGUCACUUUAUAGGUUUGUAAAAGCUGCCAUCUUAAAUGACCUUGCGAAGAGUCACUUGCAUUCAUAUUUUUGGGAAAGAAUAGCAUUCUGUCUGAGCAAAUGUCCUACGAAAGAAGCUGUAGAAUAGGCUAGUUGGGCUAUUAAUUUGUUUACUGUAAUAUUUUGAAACAAAUGCCUUUGGAGGGUUUGCAUGCAUUUGGAAACUCCAUCUGGAUAUAGUUUAUGUGUGGAGACAACAUACUACACAGGUCAGUGUUGUCCAGAAGCCAUUAUCAUCAUAAACAUGUUAAUCCCUAAACACACACACAUAUAUACAUACACAUAUAUGUACAUAUAUAUGUAUAUAUAUUCAUAUAUUCAUGUGCAGGUCUAUUUUGAUGGAACAUUUGAGGUAUGUAGCAGUAGAACAUCCUAUCCAGUCUCUGUUCAUUCCAGAGAUCCCAAACUGGCUUUAACGUGACUUCCUGACAUCUGUCUUAUCAGACAAUCCAUGCCCCCUCAUACAGUAUGUCUCCAUGGCGAUGUCUUCAGCGUGCUGGUCCACAGCUUCACUCUGACCCUGUGGCCAAAAUGAAAAGCUGUCUUGCUAGCUCCUGGCUGGACCUUCUUUUCAAGUGGUGGAAAUUUCCCUCAUAUUCCAAUAAAUACUUUUAAUGACUCUG